GAGUCCACAAGGGUAACCAAUCGAGCAGACGACCACCUAGCGCUCUCCCCCCUAUUUGCUCUGCAAUUUCUCUGGGGAAAGCGACUAAGUGCCGUGUCGACCAACGACGAUCUCACCAUCAAAUCCCUCCGUGCUCUCUCUACACCGGAAAAACCCUUCUUUGUCCCUCUACACAAUUCAUCUUUACAUAUACACACACUUGUUGAGUUUUAGCCGGGACUGAGCGCACUCGGAGCUGAACUGAAACUGAGCAUCACUUCUUCAGAUUCGUCGAAUCUCUGCUUGCUCUAGCGGUGAUAAAAAAAACUUCUUAUAAUUUCACAAUUUUUGAAUUCAUUUUCUCACGAAUUUGCAGGAUUGAUACCUAUUGUGGAUGCUACUUGUUCUAGCUGUGAGCCGAAAUUCUAAGAUGGUUUGAGGGAUUUUCAGGCAGUGGUGCAGCAGGACCAUGGGUAGUAGCGAGGUGAGCAAAUCCUCAAAGGAGGCAAAGGAAGCAAAGGAAGCAAAGGAGCCAAAAACUCCUAAUUCACAAGAGCAAGCUUCAUCAUCAACCACUGGCACAGUCAACCCAGACUGGUCUGGUUUUCAGGCAUAUUCUCCUAUGCCUCCACCUGGGUUCUUGGCAUCAAGUCCUCAACCACAUCCUUAUAUGUGGGGAGUUCAGCAUCUCAUGCCACCCUAUGGUACCCCACCUCAUCCUUAUAUUGCAAUGUAUCCACCUGGUGGCAUAUAUGCCCAUCCAUCUAUUCCUCCAGGAUCAUAUCCAUUCAGUCCUUUUGCAGUGCCAUCUUCAAAUGGAGUUGCUGAUGCUUCAGGUAAUACUCACAGCACUCUGGAAGUGGAUGGUAAGGCCGAGGGGAAAGAAAAAUUGCCCAUCAAAAGAUCGAAGGGAAGUUUGGGUAGUUUGAAUAUGCUUACACGGAAAAAUAAUGAACCUGGUAAAACAUCCGGAGCUUUUGCAAAUGGAGGGUAUUCUAAAAGUGCAGAGAGUGGAAGUGAAGGCUCAAGUGAAGGAAGUGAUGCAAAUUCUCAAAAUGAAUCACAAAUGAAAUCAGGAGGCAGGCAAGAUUCAGCUGAAACAUCUCAGAACGGUACCUCACACAGUUCUCAGAAUGGAGGGACAAAUGCUCAUGAAUUGAUAAACCAUUCCGUGGCAAUUGUUCCAAUGUCUGCAGCUGGGGCUGCAGUUGGUGUUCCUGGCCCCACAACAAACUUGAAUAUUGGAAUGGAUUACUGGGGUACUACUGCCUCAUCUUCUAUCCCUGCAAUCCGAGGCAAGGUACCUUCUGCUUCAGUUGCUGGUGGAAUGGUCACUGCUGGAUCACGGGAGAGUGUUCAAUCGCAGCUUUGGCCUCAGGAUGAACGGGAGAUCAAGAGGCAGAGAAGAAAGCAAUCCAAUAGGGAAUCAGCUCGUCGUUCCAGGUUGCGCAAGCAGGCUGAGUGUGAAGAACUUGCUCAGCGUGCUGAAGGAUUAAAGGAAGAAAAUGCCUCUCUCAGAGCUGAAGUGAGUCGCAUUAGGAGUGAGUAUGAUCAGCUUCUUGCUCAAAAUGCAUCUCUUAAGGAGAGGCUUGGUGAAUCAUCCGGGAACGAAGAUCCGAGGCUCAGUAAGAACGAACAACUUCUCAGCAAUGAUGCUCCACAUCCAUCGGAAGCAGAGCCCAUGCAGGGUACUCAAUGAAGUUGUGGCUGUAUUGUGCAGAUUGAUCUUUAGGGGUUUAACCUAACCACUUAGUAGUAAAACUCGGUUUUUAAUUUCAAAAUUACAUUAGUUUAAAAAAAAAAUUCUGCAGCUGACCAUUCUGGUGUCAGGCGGUAUUUGGAAAAUAUUGUCCAUUGUUUCUCAGUUGGCCGAUCUUUUAAGGUUGGAGGAACUUGGAUGAUAUGUAGAGAGGUUGUAACCUUGUGUUGAAUUGUGUUUAGAUAUAAGGGUGUUGUGUGGAUGAAUCUUCAUAUUUGUAUGUAGGGAUAUUGUUGAUCAGUUAGCCACAUCUAGUCUAGAGAAUAAUAUUUAAUGAACUGAGUAUGGAAUAAUAUCUGAUGUGCACGUGUGUGGUUCUCUUCA